AUGGAUAUGUCUCCCGCUGCAGCUGACGAAAUGAACCGGGUGUUUGAGCUUGAGAGCAAGAGUACUAUACGAACGUAUUUAGAUACGUACUUCGACAGAUCAGACAUCGCUGAUUGUGUAUUCCUACAUCGGGCAACCACAAUUGCAGAAUGGAACCAAGGCAAGCUUGAAAAGACUCUACUCAAAGCGAUUUGCGCUUCCGCCUUGCGACUUACGUCGGGAUACGAUCCUGAAAGCUCACCCGCCCAUACCUGGAUAAAACAAGUUCAAAAUGACUUAACUAGCCAAAUGGGCGAUGUUUCAGUAGCCAAGCUACAGUCUCUGAUGCUGGUCAUCGAGUUCCUUUUCUCAAUGCAAUUCACUGGGGAUGUUUGGGUUCUCGUCUCUAUCGCAUCAAGAAUCGCAUUCACGAAACGACUCAAUUAUGAAAGGCCGGCCAUUGACGCAGUCAAACAAGAAUGUCUCCGUCGGUUGAUGUGGUAUAUAUAUAGAAUUGACAAGGUUUUCUCAGGUGGCAUUGAGGAUCUAACUGUUUGUCCAACGGAACGGAUGCAUAUUCGUCUACCGAGUAGUCAACACAACUUUCAGCUUGGGUCGAGGUCAAAGGCACCGUUUCUACAGAGUAAAGACGAAGUCGGUACGGACUUGAAUGUGCUGGCCUUCUUGAUGAGGUUUUAUGACACUCGCGAUAGAGUUCUUAGCAGCACGUCGCCAGUUACAAUUCGGCAACAAGAGAAGUUGCAUCGUCGUUCGAAGCAUGCUUAUGCUCCAGUGGAUGAGGAAGAACAAGACCCGGCUAUUCGGCCACCAGAUCAAAGCACAAGUGAAGAGCUAUCUGAGGCAGUCCCAGUUGAGAUCCCACCAGGUCAGGAUAUCUGGUCCUUCACAGCUCAGGAUAAUGCACAAGAUAUGAUGGGGUCGACUGGUGAUGCGUCUUUUGAGUCGCUAUCAUCACUUGGAUAUCCACUCAUCAACUAUGACUCCAUCAACUCUAUCGACAUGGUGUUCGGCGACCAGGAGCUCGGCUUUCCAAUGGACCCAUUUGAUUUGCAGAUGAACGCGUACACUGAUUCGAACGCGUCGCAGUAUUAG